GUUGAUCUCUCUCUACAUAUUGGUUAUAUAUGUUGAGUUAAAUUGAUCAUUAUAACUCUGAUAUUUGCUUUGCUCACAGAAACUGGACUACCAGUGGUACCAGACAGCCGUGUUUGAGACAACCUGCUUCAUCAACUGUAUCACCUGGAACAUGGAAGGUUCAAAGUUGUUGACAGCAGGUGACACCAUACAGAUCUGGGUCCAUACACAGGACAUCAGUCCGGGUGGUCACCAGGUCCAGUUCUCCAUGGGAGGGGAGGAUACCCACGACUCCACUGGUCAGACACUGGACAGUAACCACUUAGGUCCAGAGGUCCACUCCUCCGGUCAAACACUGGACCCGAACCACUUAACUCCAGAUGUUCACGAAGAGAGUACAUGGGACUGCAUUUGGAGUCAGAAACCAGCGACGCCAAUCUAUCACGUCAAGUUUUCCCCGGAUGGAUUGCUGUUUGCUUCAGCUGGAAAGGCUGAUCGACUUGUGAAAAUUUGGCACGAAGAUAGAAAAUUACAAUUACCUCUGAUGCGUGCCGAUAGUACUGUUAGUCCCAAGAAGGAAGUACAUCACUAUUCCUUUGUGUACAUCGCCCAUCCCCGCGCCGUCACAGGUUUCUCUUGGAGGAAAACAAGCAAGUACAUGCCGAGGGGCUCGGUGGCCAACAUGCUUGUGACAUCCUGUGCUGAUAAUGUCUGUCGACUGUGGUGUGAAACCAUCCUUCCUGAUGACGGACUUGUUGACCUUGAACAAUUCGAUCCUGCCACAACCUCUGAAAGAAAGUUUCAUACUCACCGACAUAAAAAACGCUUCAUGCAACGUCUUAAAACCAUCAGACACGCCAUUCACAAGCGGAGAAAGCAUCACAAGUUUGGCCCUGACACGUUGAUGAGUAUGGCUAACCUAUCCAGCAUUAACAGUGUAGCCAGUAUUCACGAUUUCCACAAGUUUGCCCUCCACAACAACGGUGUAGCUCCGCCUCUACACUUCCACUUAGCCGCCAGUAUCAACCCAGAAACAGGUCAUCCAAAAAAGAAGAAGUCUGGUCUGUUCAAGAAGAAACACAAGAGUCACAAAAGUCCUAAAGAAAGCAAGGAACUAGGAAAUUUUGCUGGGAGCCAAUCGAGUAUUGCAUCCGAUCAGGGAGAUCAUACAUCAGAGGGCACCUCAAGUGGGGGCCUGUCACCGGACGUUCCUGGUUCAGUGAUAGAUGCUUUGGAUAGGAAGAUUGAGGCACUUCUCAAAGACUGGCACCAGAGUGCAGACAUGUUGUUUAGUAUUCACCCUGUGGAUGGAAGCUUCCUUGUAUGGCUAGUUGAUUGGAUGGACGAAUACAACCCGUACUGUUUCCGUCAGGCCCAGGUCAGUUUCUCAUCGCGCCUUCCACAUGCAUUUCCAGUUCCAGACGCUCGGACGAUGGCAACCAAUCUACUUAUGUACUGCAAUUACAGUAAAAUGGACAUAAAAUCAGCCAUGCGUAUCAGUGAAAACCGGUUUUCCCCUAGUAACCCUACGGCCCCCACAAAAAUACAGACUCAACCCGCCCCAGCUACGGGUAAAUGUUUCCCUGGACAGAAUGACAACAUGCUUAUACCUAAUGUUUUACUGAUCACCAAACACUUCAACGGCUCCCUUAAUCAGUGGCAGGUUAGUUUUGCAGACAGUUCUAAGUUCUCGACAGUGGUCAGUGUUGCCCAUGCGUCGAGGGCGUGUGGUCAUCGCUUCCGGACAAAUUCGGCUGCUUGUCACCCAGUGUUACCAUUAUUGCUUACAACAUCACAUCACAAUGUCCCAAAACCAUUGACACCAUGCAAAAAUGGGGAUUACCAUAGCAACGGUGACCAUAACAGUCACGAAGAGGAAGAACACGGGGUGUUACCAGGUCAGGAAAGCCUGGUCGGGGGUGUGGAGUUCUGUAGUGAGUUGAUUCUCUGGAGAGUGGAUCCUGUCGGCCCGCUGUCGAAGUCAGGUGGUAUUAUAGAGCUGGCUCGCAUCAACUCGCCACAACUGUCUGCCUUCGACAAUGUAGCCUGGGUACCCACACUACUACCAAGUUCUACUCUAGGAUCCUACAGUAACUCACCGAGUGCCCUGUUUGUGGCCUCUGAUGGAAACAGUUUGAUGAUGUAUCAGGCCGUUAUUGAUGCGCGAACUCUACUGCUGGAGAUGGGAAGUCAGAAAAAAGACCUACAGAAAGGAAUGAGUUUUUCCAGUAAUACCAGUUCAGGGUAUAGUGUUGAGACCCCCAGAGCGGCCGGGGAGCUGUUUAACAUCGUCAGUCUACAGUCUUCUGCUCGCCCCGGCUGUAUCAUUGAGAUGGAGGCCAUAGCUGAUGCCAAGCAGGAUUGGCAGCAAACACAGCUGCUCCAUGUCUUCCAAGAACAGUUGGUGACUGGACGUCCCAGUAACAGUACUAAUGGAAUGGAGGCCAUCGUGGACCUCCGAGAAUCUGGGUCCUUCUCCGAAAAUUUUUAUUUGGUUGUGCUGGAGCGAAAUAAGGAUAAGGGUUCAACUAUCCACAUGUGGAAAAUCAAUAUCGCCUCACAGACCGGUCUCCAUGAUGGCAACCAAAGUCGACACUACGUCCCAGAUAACAACUUUGUACAGGAAGACGAGUCUGACACAGACUCCUAUAUAGGAUCGCCAGUCAACGGUCCACCCAAGUCUACUGCCGUGGUUCGCCUUACCUUCUCCACAACCAAGGUUUGUUCACAACCUCUAUCUCUGCCUGAUGGUGUCAGUGUGGUUAGUGCGUCGGUCUCAGCUGGACAUCUUAGCUCCGCCUCCAUCUACCCAGCAUGCCUUGCUCCGUAUCUACUGGCAACAGCAUGUUCUGAUGGUAAGACGCGAUUCUGGCGAUGUGACCUGAAAGCUGUGUCUGCCAUCAACCACCUCGAGAUGACAUGUAGUACAACAAGUUAUGAACUAGCUGUAGAGGAAGAGGAUGGAGUACGACGGCCCACCAUCUCCACGGUAACUCGUACUGAUGUCAUGGACACUAAAUUCUCGUGGGCAGAAUGGCACAUGAUGGGACAGUCAGAGGCGAGCUUAUUACAUGUCAGAGGUCAGCCAAUCUCCGUGAGCUGUGCAUACAGUGGUCGAGUGGCUGUCGCUUAUCGUCUGGGUGGCGUGAGAUCAGCUCCUGACAAUGACAAUAAAUACGUCAACCUCAACGUGGCGGUGUAUGAGUGUGAAUCGACAGGAGGAUCAGAAUGGACACUGGAGGAUACCAUAGAACUAAAAAACAUCAGUAUACCAGACCCAAAGGCAGAAAUAGACCUCAACUUUAUUUUUACAGCGGAUAAUCAUUCAUCAAGAUCAUCACAUUACGACGAUGAUAGUCCCGGGACAUUGUCUCCAUCUUCUUCUCUUGUAAAUAUGACACGGACAAAGUCUGUACCCAGCCUCAGUACCAUCUUCACAGUGAGGAAGUGUAUAGCAGAGCAUGGAAACAAGACUGGAAUGUUACAACAGAAACACUUGGUCCAGCUUGACUGGGUGUCGACAGAGGACGGAGGCCAUAUUUUAACAGUAGGUGUGGGUUCUCGUAUACUCAUGUACUCACAAGUAUCAAAUGACAUUGUACAGUCAUCGAAACGCGGCGGCCAGACUACAGACAAAAAGAGCAGCCAACCGUUCAGUCAGUCCAUUAAGGACGUCAGCCACCGACGCAGCAUGUUCCAGAAAUCUAAGUCUAUGGUAGUGGACGACCGCCAAGAGGAGAUCAAAUGGAUGAAGCUACGCUCAAUAGAUCUAUCCACGGCUGAUGGAUUACCUCCCUUGCCAAUGCAUUUGUCGUGGGUGCGUGGUGGAAUCUUGGUUGUUGGUAUGGACAAUGAAAUGCACGUGUAUAGUCAGUGGAGGGGGUCUGGUACCAAUGACGUUUUACCUGUAGAAGAAAACGAUAACAGGAGUUUUGAGGAUGCUGGUCUUUCCAUGAACUUAUCCAGUCUGAAACCUCAACAACAUUUUAAACCUUCAUAUUCUAUGCCAAGUUUCAAGCAUCUGAAUACUCUGAGCUUGAAAAAGGAGAAAUUACAAGGUUCUGAAUCCAAUCUGUUAAGGUUUAGUUUGUCAAAAGAUAAAAGUGAAAGUCUAACCAGCUUGUCUGCUAUUCACGAGUUCGGACUAUUUGAGGCAGCUCGGCAAGCAAAUCCAGUUCUUCCACAGUACCAUCCUAAAAAGCUCAUGGAGCUGCUUAAUUUUGGCAAAAUACGGAGAGUGAAGGCCAUACUAGCCCACCUCGUACGGUACGUGGCCGGUGGGGACAUCAACCAAGUCGAGGAUAUGGAGGAAUAUGAAAAGGAUGAUGGGAAAUGGAAUCAGAACCGUCCUCGUGUGAUUUCCGUCAGUGGGGCAAGUCCUUGUGAUAUGCCACGUCUUCAGGAAGAGCUUAAGCUGGAUUACAAAGAGAUAAGCUCCAUACCACCUCUCCCUAUGUAUGCUCUGUUAGCUGCAGAUGAAGAUAACACUGUCGCCAAGGCUGACACGAUUACUUCUGGAGGUCAGGUUACCACCAAGGUUGAACAAGACUAUGGGGAUUUGUUUGACAGCGCUCCUAAUCUGGACGACGAACUGGACACCACAAUUGGAGCAUCGUCAGUGGAUAGCCGUACGUCGCGGACGAGAUUGCAGUCCACUGUGACGUCAUCACGCCAGAAUCCAUACUACUUUGGUCCGGAGUACUCUCUAGCACUCACCAGUCACUUGACCCACACACAGCUACCUGGACUGUCCAGUCUUGACCAGAUGUAUCUGUUAGCUCUGGCCGACACUGUAGCUAACACCAAAAUGGACUUUGCAGAUCGCAUGGAAACAGACAAACCAGAUUCUAGUAUGCAUGAGAACUUGAAGGAAGGAAAUGCUGCAGAAUCUAUGGAUGACUGUGGCCUAAGAUUCAUUCUAUCAAUGAGGCAUCACACUUAUCUUGUGCGUACUCUGCCACCUCGACAGAGGAUAGUUCUACAACAACAGGGACUCAAGUCGUUUAACCUGGUGUGGGGAUACCACUCCGAGGCUACAGAGGAACUGCUGUCAUACAUCCCUGGAGUACAGCGUGACGAUCCCACGUGGGAGGAACUCAAACAGUUUGGUGCAGGCUGGUGGAUCAACAACAUCAAUAUACUCAGACGAUGCAUAGAAAAGAUUGCCAAAGCUGCAUUCCAGAGAAGAAAAGACCCAAUGGAAUCUGCUAUAUUUUACCUGGCCAUGAAGAAGAAAAAUGUCCUCUGGGGAUUAUACAGGUCAAUAGAUGAUAAGAGAAUGAUGCAGUUUUUCCGAAACGACUUCACCCAAGACAGGUGGAGGAAAGCGGCAUUGAAGAAUGCAUUCGCUCUGCUUGGCCGUCAGAGGUUCACACAUGCUGCAGCAUUCUUUCUGUUAGCUGGUGCAUUAAAUGAUGCUGUCGAGGUUUGUCUGGAUAAGCUCAAUGACAUACAGCUGGCACUGGUUGUCUGUCGUUUGAACGAUGGAGAGGAUAUGAUGCCUAACAGUGUCAAGAAGAUUCUCUACACGAGCAUUCUUGGUUGUGAUGAGAAGGGAGACAACUAUGAUAGUUGUAAGGCUCACCCUGACCCUUUCCUACGAAGUAUGGCGAUGUGGUCCCUCAAGGAUUACCGCGGUUCACUGAACACACUGCUACACUCCAAUGACAGUCAUCAUCACAAAGUGAUGGACAGUGUUGAGCUGGAGGGUCAUAAUGCUAUGCCUAGUGUAUUUAAUUUCUACAACUUCUUACGCACACAUCCUCUGCUAGUCCGGCAGCGGAUAGCUGCCACAGGCCAGUCUAAGCGAAGCAAAAACAUUAUCCCGGGAUUUACUCGACAGCAGACCGUUGUGUUAGAUGAUAGUUCUGUGUUUGUGGACAAAGUGACGCCCAUGGAAAGAAAACUGUUCUUCACAACGGCUCACUCUCAUUAUAUGAAUGGAUGUCCAUUACUUGCCCUGGAAGUUCUGUCCAAACUACCUCCUGUCAUUGAAGACAAGAAAGCUACAGAUGUAGACUUAGAAAGUGAGACAUCAUCAAAGGAUGACUGUAUAAACACAGGUACACUCGAGAAUGAUGCCACGGUAACGGACUGGAGUAAACCGGUCGUCAAUGGAGUAAAGGACACGUCAGGUGGCAUGGAUUGGGGUACGCCUGUGUCGUCUGUGACCGAUACAGGUGACAGUACGGACUGGGGGGCACCAGUCACUAAUUUCGAUGUGGAUGAUGCCCCAAGUUUCAAUAUUUCAUCAGAAGAGGAUGAAGACGAUGAUGAAGAUGAUGAUAGUAAGAAUGUGAUAUCUAAAACUAAAGGAAAGUUGGAGAAGUUACCUACAAUCGUUGUAGAGGAACCCAGCCCAGUCCUCCUGAGUAGUGAGGAUAUGUCACCUGAAAAACCACAGGAGAAGGUCAAGGACAAAGGUCACCAAGUGGACAUCUUUGCCCAACAGUACAAGUUCAUCGCCUGUCUCAAGGUACUGAUGGAGGAGAUGCAGACUCUGGCCACAGGGUUUGAAGUGGAUGGUGGACAGUUACGCUUCCAGCUGUACAUUUGGCUGGAGCGGGAGGUGGAGGUACUCCAGUACCUUUGUAACUAUGGUGAUACGGAUCCUGAAGGUCAAGAGGACCUACAUACAAACACAGACGCCCUGAAUGGUUACGAUGAUGACACGUUGUUGGAUGUACACACCAGUUUUACACGUUCAAUGUCUCAGCGGUCGGAUUCCUCUUACAAGCCUACACUUCAUGAAGUCAUUCUGGCUGAAAAGAUGGACUUUGAGGCAAAGCUCGAGAGAAUGGCUCGCCGUAAACAAUGGUUGAGAUCCAACCAACAACUACUGCGUACUCUGGCCAGCUACUGUGUGCUCCAGGGAGCCGGGGGAGGGGGGCUGGCCUCGGUGGAGAUGGAACUUCUACUUCUCUUACAGGAGUUACAACAGGACAAGCCUCAGCAGCAGUUAUUAUCUCCCCUGCCGUUCCCCACCACACUUCCGCUCCUGUCAGCCAGUAUCGCCAGCUCCAAGACGGUUGUCGCAGACCCCAUCCAACACAUCCAGUGUAUGACUCAGGACCUCCUACAUUCCAUCGUGGAGCUGACGGUUCCUCCUAGCCUCGGUAUCAACAUGAACACCGUCCUGGUCAUGCAGAAACUGAGUGUGGCAUUGUCCUCUUGUAUCUACCAGUGCCUUUGUGAUUGUGACAGCUUUGUCGUGUCACUUAACGAAACCCAGGGAACUUCCAUGGACGGCUUUAUGGCGCACAACUUCAGCAGUAGUCAGGCGGGACACUUGAUGGCAGGAGUUCAGCGUUAUCGCCGUAAAUCAAGCACCGGGGACAAUCUCAUCAACACUCCGCCGUCGAAAUGGCCCGGAGUAACCUCCCUUAGGGUACUGCUGGCUCAGGAGAAAGACGACGCUGCACCAAAGCUAAACAUCUUAUGUUGUGAGAGUUUAGUUGCAGUGUAUGUGAGUCUGCUGGUAAACGCCAUGGCAAUGUAUGACUGCAACAUGCUCUAUCGUCUCGUGUCCCAUCGAUUCGAGCACCAGAUGUGGGGGGCGUUGUUUGGUGGUGGAGUCAAGACGGCACUGAAAGUUGCUAACAACCCUCAUCCUGUCUCUAUGCGGCCUGGUGAUGAAAGCAGAAUCAAACUGACCAUGAAAGUCAUCGGAGCUGCACCAGGUACCAAGGAGAAAACUACCUUCAGGGAAACGUUUGUUCCUCCAGAACUUAGCAUGAUAUCGUUCUUUAUGACAAAGCCAUUUAACACCUCAUCUGAAAAGGAAUUCCACUAUGAUUCGGAGGAGUCUUUAUCAGAUGAAGAUGAGCCAUUUGAUGAUGAUGACGAUGACUAUCUUAGACCUAAAACCUUGCCACUAGCAUCCACACAACAGUCUACAGACCCCACAUCCUACUCCUGGGCCCUGAUCCGGUUCUGUGUGGUCAAAGUCAUACUACACAAUCUUCAAGUCUUCCUUCCACAGAUCGGCAUAGAACUUCAAGAGCUCCCUAUCUGCUCCACUCUUAUGCACACAGUGUUGAAGACUCUGGAGCAGUGGAUGGAAGUCCUACAGGGAAAAUUGGAGCUGUUUGCUGGACCUCCGGAGGAUUUCAUCGCUGGCCUUCAGCUGGAUGUGAUAACAGGUGUCCCGCAGUCCAAAUACCAAGUGUUGUUACAGCCUCAGAAUUCACCGUUUACUGACAACCAUGUCUGUCUGCCGAUCAAAAGACUAUGGUUCCACCUGCUGAAACAGAGUGCGCUGAAAGACAUCUUCAUCCGAUAUAUCUACAGGAAGAAAAAGAUUCCACACAUGGAGGAGUCUGUCAGUCAGUCAGAUGUUCCAGACGGAAGCGUUAAGAUACGGGAUCCUAUGAAGAUCAUCCACAAGGAACAAGAUAUCAUUACGGCAUUUGCCCUCAAUCAGAAUAUAUAUCCGGUUAUAGAUGCCAAUUCUAGCUUCUUGGUGCUGUCUACACAAAAGGAUGUCGUAGAGCUUGACAUUGGUCAUCUACUAAAUCCACCAUCCUGGAUGGAGGAUGACAAUGAGAUGGACAUAGAGUAUAUCAGAAAUCCCAAUCCUUCCGAGGGAAGUACCACUGACUUUUUUGUGGUGCAAGCUCCGUCUGACAAUCAGCAGAGUGGAAUGACCUCAGGAAUGUCCAGCCCCCAGACAGGGGCUUCAACCCCCACACAUCCUGGAUCUGGGGCCUACUCACAGACUGGCAGGGGUACUAAUGUGAUUAAACGUCAUCUAAAGUUUGAGUUGUUACGCCGACCAGUGUCCGGAGUUAGGCGAAUAGGAUCCCACCCAAAUCUUCCCCACUACCUGACUGGAGGAUCCGAUGGGAGCGUCAGACUCUAUGAAUGGGGCCACGUUCAGCCUCUGGCCAUGCUUAGACAACCAGGCGUGUUUCCUAAAGUCACCAAAGUUCUGUUUAGUUCCCAAGGAAACAAGUGCUGUGUCAGUGAUACGGAGGGAGAUAUCUGUCUGUGGCAAGUUGGACUUGGCAGCAACUUCAACAAACCCAUCAUGAAACUCAAAUGUCACAACAAGACAACCAGUGACUUUGCGUUCGUGGGGUCGUCCAGUCUGAUUGCCACGGCCGGCCAUUCCUCGGAGAGUCGUAACGUAUGUUUGUGGGAUACAUUACUACCCCAGCGGAGUGCCUGUGUACAUGCAUUUACCUGUCAUGAACAUGGCUGUCCUGCUGUUGUGUAUGCUCCACACCACCAGCUCCUGAUUAGUGGAGGACGGAAGGGAGAAAUAUGUAUAUUUGAUAUCCGACAGAGACAGAUACGCCACACCUUCCAAGCACAUGAGUCUGCAAUUCGCUGCCUGGCUAUGGACCCUGAGGAAGAGUACUUUGUAACUGGGUCAUCGGAGGGAGAUAUUAAGGUUUGGGGCUUGGACGUUCACCAGAUGGUCGUGGGCUUCCCAGGAGAACACAGUAAAAACACGUUUUUCCGAAACAUGGGCGCUGCUUCCGGUGUAACUCAAGUCUCCAUCGGCUCAACCCAUCACCUGUUCUCCUGUGGUGUGGACGGAUCAAUGAAAUUCCGGGCUUUACCAGAACGCGAGACGAUCGUGAGAUACUGGUCUGCAACGUAGUAGUGAUGUUAAACUGAUUCCACUGCUACGGUAGUUACAUAUCUGACUCUAGCGUCACGGAGAUGUAUGUUGUCAUGGAGACGGUAGAAUAGCUAGCCACAAUGCUAUGUGAAUAGAAAUGGGUCUGAGAAAGGUCUGCACUGGAUAUUUACCAAAAAUGAAAAUGUCUUUUUUCCGUGUUCCAUUGUGUAAUAUUACAUGUGCUUGAAGAGGCUUUCAACUUUUUGACUUGUUACCAUGCUAGCUUGGUUUCAUUUUGUUAAAUCCAGAAAGGAGAAUGAUUUUUAUUUUGUUUUGACUGAUGCUCAAAUGAUACAUUUUUCUAUAUAUCUGGUAUAGAAUUUGUUUUCUUAGUCAGAGAAUUGGAUUGGCAUUUUAAUUAUUGUUGAUGAAGCAAUAUCAAACAACAAGUAACCAGUCUGUACUGUUGCUAAUAGGAACAAGAAAUUUUAAUGUAUAACAUCUCGGAACUUUGAUGUAUGAUGUAGAAAUUGUGUGAAGGUAGAUCAUCGCCCACAGGUCUGGAGAGAAACCGCCUAAUAGGUGGAAGAACUGGGUCUCCCCAGAGCUUUAAAACUGCUAAUAGGUGGAAGAACUGGAGAGAAACCGCUAAUAGGUGGAAGAACUGGGGAAAAACCGCUAAUAGGUGGAAGAACUGGGGAGAAACUGGUAAUAGAUGGAAGAACAGGGGAAAAACCACACAUACCAAAAACAGUUGUUCUCCCUAAACCACAUGUAACCAAGAACAACUGUAGAAAGGUAUUAGUUGUGUGAAGAAACCAGCAGAGCCCUCGAGAGAUCCAUAGCUUGAACCGUAACAAGAUUCAUCUUAAAUGUUGAUGUAAGAAUACACCACCAUCAUAUUAGUAAUUUUGUGAGACGUACAUAUAAUGUACAAUUGUGGCAGAAAAAGUCUCUUUCCUGACAGAACUUUACAUACCUGUAAAAAUGAUAUCAAGUUCAGAUUACCUUUAUGCUGUAAAGUGAUAAUUUUGUUGACCAGGUUUUAUUUUUCAGCAAAAUCUGAACUGUGAUAAACAGAUUCUGUGAUAAAUGGGAAAGCUGCAGUUUGUUUAGCUGGGAAGGGUUAAUGUUGGAUCUGUUACAGAUGGGGAUAUACUGGAAUCAGUCUGUCUGUCUGUCCAUCCGUCUGUCAACACAAUUGUGUACCACCUACUCCUCCCGACAGUGGGAUUGUACAACAGAUUUCAACAAAACUCAAAUUUUGUUGCCAUGGUAACUGGUCAUUAUACACAGAUUUUGUGUAAUGGCCAAUAUCAGUCAUUAGGUCAAAUUUAUUCAAACCUAAUCAAGUGGUGUAACUUAUUAACACCUAUUACUUAAUUAGACAUCAUGUGAUUUUACAGAACUUGUUACUAUGGAAAUAUAACGGAGGCUUCUGAUUGGUCAAAAUUUAGAUAUUGUCUCAUUAGGCUUCAGACUUGAUACAGAUAUAAGUGUUUUGAGGAAUAGCAAAUACAAUGGUGCUAUUUUUCCAAAACAAAAGAUGUCAUUUGGUUGCCAUGGUUACAAAAUUAAUGAGGGUUAUGGGGUGUAUUAGUCAGCCAUAUUGGCUUACAUUUCUAUUGUUGGAUAAGUUACAGACAGAAGUAUCCUUUUUGCUUCUUACCCAGUAAGUAAGGGGAGCAAGCAACAGGACAUCAAAUGGUUCAAUAUUAGUUUUUGAGAAAUUUAGUUAAUAUAUAUAUUAUAAUUCAAUUUGUUUUGUUUUUUAAGUGAGGAGUGAGUAUUAAGUUUGGAUGUAAGUGAUCUUGUUUGAUGUUGGUUGAUUGCUUGUACACUUUGUUUAUAUAUAGUUUUGAUGGAAUCCGAAAAUGAUGUUGAUAUUACCUAGGUAUUGUACACGGUACAAGUUUAUUGUGGAUGUUGUUAGUCACGACGGGAGAAUGUGUGUGAAAGUUUGGAGAUAAAAGAUGAGGUGGAAUCUAGUUGUGUAAAUGCUGUUAAAAUUAAAAUCUUCUGUAAAAUAGGAAGUGGGGAUAUAUCAGAAUGCUGACUAUACGUCACUACUCAUCUACCAUUUUUUGCCCUUUAUUCAAAUUGCCCUGCGUCCGAGGUCCGUUAUCCAUUGCAUGUCUGUAAAUAAACAAUCCUUGUUAUUGCUAUUUCUUGAGAAGUAAUGGAAGGAUAUUUCUCAAACUUUAUACGUGGGUUCCCCUUGGUCCCUACUUGUGCUCGUUUGAUU